AUGUUUCCAAUUAAUAUUGCUCAUUCUGAUCCUUAUGUAAGGCAAGUCCAAGUAGCGACACUCUGUAUCUCUAUCAGCCUUAGUGCCACAGUUACACUAGUAUGCUUAUUUUCCCCGAAACUUUAUAUACUUGCCUUUCAUCCGGAGAAGAACGUUCGUAGACUUACAAUGAAUCUCAAUAAUACAUCUAGAUCUUACCUACUGACGGCUCAAAUAUUUUCAGCUCUAAACGAAUCUAAAACUGUUGGUUGUAUGGGCGAAAAUAAUUUGGAGAUAAAAACUCUGAAAUCUAGCCAUAGCGAAGAAAAAAUCUCGGUGUCUGCUAAUUUGCUGCCUCUUAGCAGACAUACUUCUCAAGAGACGGAGUCGUUACGCGAAUAUAUAUCAGCACAAAAGCUUUCCUUGGCUAAUUCCGUUGAAACUGGACACUCAGCUUCCACAAUAGAGAAAGCCGAAAUCGAAAAUGGGAUUAGAGUUAGGCAAGAUAAAGAAUCCAUUAGAAUGUCGGAUCUACCUAUCUAUGCUAAACCGGAUUAUACUAAUGAAGCCCGCGGAAUGACGCCUUUACCUAGUGUUAUGGACAAGCAAGUUGAUUCUCCGAUUCUUUCGAUUUCCAUUCAGGCGUGUACAGCCUGUCGCCCUGAAUUUGGAUCGUUAUCUGACAGUCCGUGGCCGACAGCCAAAGAUAAAGCUACUGCUAAGAUAAGCAAAUAUGUGGAGCAUAAGAGAUGGAUCCCUCAAAGAAAGGGCUUAGAGGCCUAUGGCGAAGGGGGUAAAAAAUCAAACUCAAAUCAUGCGGUAAGUAAGGGAGAUACUAAUAGUAUAACCAACACUGAUAAUGAAUAUAAAACUAGAGAUCUUCAGCAAGGGACUGUGACAGAGGCACCUGAUUUGACGCUCCAGUUGAAGUGGCAGAAUUUAUGUAAAAAUAUAUAUUCAUUUCGACCUCCAGAGCCUCCUUCACUAGUUUAUGACAACCCAAGCGUUGGAGGGGUUUCCCAAGCCUAUGCCUCAGAGGAGGAAAACUGGCUCGAAAAUGAGUAUGAAGCAAUUAAGAAUGAAACUAGAGCCAAUGCACAAUCAUCAGAUUCGUAUAAAUACAACAUGUCAAUGUGCAAACUCAAUGAAGAAUUUUCCGAUCUAAGUAAGCCAAACGUUAAAAACCAUAUUGCUAGAUCUUGGCAGUAA